GCCGGUUAGAUCUUCGUGAACCCUGGAGGUGGGAGGACGCUCUACAGUCCAAUCACAAUCCUCGUGUAAACAGUUCCCAUAGUAAUAUCUAUGGAAAACGGAGACAGUUUCUCAAUUGUCGGAAACAAGUACUCCAUCACAGUCAGACUGACAACAAUCAACACGUUCGAAGAGAAGCCGUAAGCAAAGAGGCGGCUGGUAUUGGUAUUAUCUCAUCAGCCUCAGAGUUGCGUCAGCCGGAGACGGCCACGCAGACGGGAGCCUGACAGAUCCCUGCAUCACUUCGCCUCGGAAUCAUCAGCACCACACGGCCUCCCUCAGAAGAGGAUCGGAGAGCAGCCACCGCCUGGACCAGCACCCACUCGGCUGGGAUUUCUACCAUAAGAAAGCUGCAACAGUGAAGCUAAUAAAAAUGCUGUCGAUAUUGCGACCCAGCACCUACAAGGCACCACUGGCCUCCCUCGACAAUGACUUCUACGACUUCCGGGAGAUGCAGGAUGAAGCCGCUGCGAUGCUGUUGGCGAAGCAUAUCUGGAAACUCCUGAAGAAGGCGAGACACCGGAUUUAUCAGAUGCCGGGCUGCGAGGGCGGGGCGAGCGGUGUGUCAGUAUUGGUGCCAGCGGACUUUCUCAACCGUCUGGCGCGGGAUGUGGUCAGGAUGACGGAGGGGGAGCUGAAUGGUGUCAGAGGCUGCACGCUCCACAUCGAAUACAGCGACGGAGAGGAGCUAGUCAAGAUAGGGAAGAUUAAGUGCGAUCCUCAUUUGCCUUCUUCAUGUUUCCUUUACCUGAGACUUACCCGAGCUGCAGGACCUCCCAAGAACACAAACCCCCUUCUGAGAAUUCUCGGCUACGGCAACGACAGUAUCAUCUACAUCAGCCCGGGCUAUUUGCUGGAGAAGAAGCGAGCGAAGGUCGUUCGAUGAGCGAGAAGAGGCGAGACAACGGGGAGUUAAAUAAGUAGCAAUUGUAGCACGACCGUCGUCUUGUGGGGCCCAUGGCGGUCUUCAUGAACAGGGACAUCAGGACAAUGGCUGACACGUGAAGCCAUGCAGGGUAUCUGUUGCACAUAGCGGGCUUUUGGGCUCUUGGAAUCUGCGCUAUUUGGGGGCUCAAAAACAUGAGGGUAUUUUGGCUUCGAAUGCUGGAGAAAAAAUAGCACAAAACGUCACGGGAAAGUUUUUGUUCUUUAUUUUUAUGAUAUCGUUAUUAUGCUGGUACUUGCCUGUGCUUCUCAGUUCUCAUUAAGGAGUUGGAGGCCCAUACCAUGUGAUUGUUCAAAUAAGAAACAUUCCAAGCCACGAAAUUAGUUAUUCAUUUUCGUUAUUUCUUGGCCUUGUCAUUGCCAUUUUGGUUAUUUUCUUUAAAAUUUGAAUCUAAACAGUCCAGUUUAUAAAGUAUAUACACAAUUAACGGUUGUCGGUGAAGAUUUGUCUGCGCAAAAAAACAAAAAAACUGGGAUAUGCUGACCAAGAUACGGCUGUGAUUCUGAUGUUCGUGAAGCUACAAAAAUAAACAAAGGAAGGGGGAAAUAUAGCAAAGGAGACAAGCCGCUAAGGUACUUGUCGUAAGCUGCCAAAAACUAUAGCUAGUCUAAAAGUAAAUGUAGUACUGUGACAGUUAAUACUGAAUGUUAGCGUAAUUAGUUAUGAGGUACAGUAGCUAAAGUAGGAGGAAGUUGAAUAGUUUUUUUAUUGUAUGAAAUAAAUAAUUAGAAUUAUA